AUGGAAACACAGCCAUCAUCACUAUGUCGUUACAACAGGCCCCUCAGUCUCGGGUGUUCGUGGAACUGGUUCCCUGGGCUGACCGGGGCCGAGAGAACAAUGUGGUCUCGGGCGGUGAGUCGCUGCCCGGCCUCCGCCGCCCCCUCGCCUCAGCACAGACCCAAACUGCCACCCGCGAGGUGCACGUAAGCGGCACCGCGGACGUGUCCGCGAGCCCGGACCGGGCGCAGGUGGCGGUGUUAGUGAGCAGCACCAAGGAGGCGGCGGCUGAGGCCAAGAAGAGCGUUUGCCGCCGCCUGGACUACAUCACGCAGAGCCUCCGGCAGCAGGGCCUGCAGGCAGAAAAUGUAACUGUGACAAAGGACUUUAGAAGAGUGGAAAAUGCUUAUCAUAUGGAAGCAGAGGUCUGCAUUACAUUUACUGAAUUUGAAAAAAUGCAAAAUAUUUGUAACUUUCUUAUUGAAAAGUUAGAUAGCUCUGUUGUCAUCAGCCAACCCCAGUUCUAUCAUACUCCAGGUUCUGUUGAGAAUCUUCGACGAAAAGCCUGUCUUGUUGCUGUUGAGAACGCAUGGCGCAAAGCUCAAGAAGUCUGUAACCUUGUUGGCCAAACUUUAGGAAAACCUUUAUUAAUCAAAGAAGAAGAAACGAAAGAAUGGGAAGGCCAGAUAGAUGAUCUCCAGUCAUCCAGACUCUCAAGUUCAUUAACUGUACAACAAAAAAUCAAAAGUGCAACAAUACAUGCUGCUUCAAAAGUAUUUAUAACUUUUGAAGUAAAGGGGAAAGAGAAGAAAAGAAAAAACCUCUGAAAUUCCAACUAAAAUAUAUUGUGUUUGUGUCAUUUUAUUUUUAUACUUUUUAUGUUUGCUUUUGUCCUGAAAAUAUAUAUUGUAUAUUAUAUAAAGUAUUUCUCCCCAAAAUCUGUCAGUCCUUGAAUACAGUCCCACAAAUACCUAAGUUUACUUUCUAUUUUUAAAAACUUACUAUGUGGAGGGGAGGGGGUGCCUGGGUAGCUCCGUUGUUAAGCA